AUGGCUUCUCCUUCCUCCUCCCCAGUCGCCCUCCGCGGCGCCGCCACCUUGGCCGCGCUGCUGGCGGCCGUCUGCCUCCUCCACGCCGGCGGGGCGGCGUUGGCGGCGGCGGACCUGUGCGUGGACUACUACGACUGCACGUGCCCGGACGCGUACAAGAUCGUGCAGGGGGUGCUGGUGCAGGCGCACAAGUCGGACCCUCGCAUCUUCGCCAGCCUGAUCCGGCUCCACUUACACGACUGCUUCGUGCAGGGCUGCGACGGCUCGCUGCUGCUGAACACCUUCAACGGGAUGGAGACGGAGCAGGACGCCAUUCCCAACAAGGGCUCGGCGCGCGGCUACAGCGUCGUCGACGCCGCCAAGGCCGCCCUCGAGGCCGCCUGCCCCGGCGUCGUCUCCUGCGCCGACAUCCUCGCCAUCGCCUCCGAGAUAUCGGUCCAGCUGUCCGGAGGACCCGGGUGGAGCGUCUUGCUGGGGAGGCUGGAUGGCUUCACGUCCAACUUUACCGCAGCCGGGGAACUACCAGGCCCAUUCGACCCCCUCAACACUCUGAAAGAAAAGUACAGAACGGCCACGCUCGACGAUACUACCGACCUCGUCGCUCUCUCUGGUAAUCGAGCUCGCGCACAAGCACAACAUCGAAAACUACAUAGACUCUUGAUACUCUGGUGUAGGCGCCCACACUUUCGGCCGCGUGCAAUGCCAGUUUGUCACCGACAGACUGUACAACUUCAGUGGCACGAACCGGCCUGA